AUGAGUCUCUCUGCUCCAGCCGGGACUCUGCUAUUGCUGCUCUCUCUCUCCGCUCUCCUCCAUGGCUGUUCCUCCUCUCCCACCACAGAAGAGUGCACUGGCAUGGGCGUCCGUAAGUUGGUGCAUCUUUCUUUUUUUUUUUUUUUACUCCUUCAGGUCACUUUCAUUAAGCAAACCACAAACGAAGGGUUUGUCGUUAAAAACUCUGAAUGUGUGUGUUUGUGUGUGAAUUUUUUUCUUUUGGUAGAUGUAAGUAAAAAAACAAGUAAGUAGCUUGGAUGUAGUCAUUUCAGCUGAUGCAGCUUAUCUUUCCUGUGAUUUUGAAGAUAUACCCGCAUGCAAGCUCUUAUCUACUGAGUAGGAAUGCGUUCUCUAUAGGGCGGUUUAUGUAAGUUACUGCCAUGUACCGGCCAGCUCUUUCCCGUAUAUUUAAUCAUUAGCUGAAAUGAGCCUGAAUUCUCUGGUAACUUUCACUAUAGCCUGCCACUUAACUUUUAUGGCUAAAACAGCAGCAGGUUAAACUGGAAUGUGAAUUCCAUGGGUGAUUGAAAAAAAUGUGUGUUCACAGCGCUGAGCCACUACACACACAGGCAAGGUACUGAACAAGAGAGUUAACCUUCUUAGGAAAAAACGGUGCUAUCUAGAACCAAUAAGGGUUAUUCGGCUGUCCCCAUAGAAGAACCCUUUGAUUUUUGGUUCCAGGUAGAACUCUUUUGGGUUCCAUGUAGGACCCUCUGUGGAAAUGGUUCUACCUGGAACCCAAAAGGGUUCUGCCUGGAACCAAAAAAAGUUAUCCUAUGGGGACAGCCGAAGAACCCUUUUGGAACCAUUUUUUCUAAGUGUGUAGGAGCAAAACAAGCUUUAGUCUAUCUGCAUUUCAAAUGUGAUAAAUAUACUGAACAAAAAUAUAAACGCAACAUGUAAAGUGUUGGUCCCAUGUUUCAUGAGCUGAAAUAAAAGAUCCCAAACAUUUUCCAUACACCCAAAAAGCUUAUUUCUCUAACAUUUUGUGCACAACUUUCUUUGCAUCCCUGUUAGUGAGCAUUUCUCCUUUGCCAAGAUAAUCCAUCCACCUGACAGGGGUGGCAUAUCAAGAAACGGCUUAAACAGCAUGAUCAUUACACAGGUGCACCUUGUGCUGGAGACAAUAAAAGGCCACUCUAAAAUGUGCAGUUUUGUCACACAACACAGUGCCACAGAUGUCUCAUGUUUUGAGGGAGCGUGCAAUUGGCAUGCUGACUGCAGGAAUGUCCACCAGGGCUGUUGCCAGAGACCAGCCACCCGGACAGCUGAUGAAGCUGUGGGUUUGCACAACCGAAGAAUUUCUGCACAAACUGUCCGAAACCGUCUCAGGGAAGAUGAUCUGCGUGCUCGUUGUCCUCACCAGGGUCUUGACCUGACUGCAGUUCAGGGGGCAAAUGCUCACCUUCGAUGGCCACUGGCACACUGGAGAAGUGUGCUCUUCAUGGAUGAAUCCUGGUUUCAACUGUUCCGGACAGAUGGCAAACAGCGUAUAUGGCGUCGUGUGGGCGAGCGGUUUGCUGAUGUCAACGUUGUGAACAGAGUGCCCUAUGGUGCCGGUGGGGUUGAGGUAUGGGCAGGCAGGCAUAAGCUACAGACAAUGAACACAAUUACAUUUUAUUGAUGGCAAUUUGAAUGCACAGAGAUACCGUGAUGAGAUCCUGAGGCCCAUUGUCCUGGCAUUCAUCUGAGCCAUCACCUCAUGUUUCAGCAUGAUAAUGCACGGCCUCACGUCGCAACGAUCUGUACACAAUUCCUGGAAGCUGAAAAUGCCCUAGUUCUUCCAUUGCCUAAUUACUCACCAGACAUGUCAUCCAUUGACAUGUCAUCCAUGUUUGGGAUAAUCUGGAUCGACGUGUACGACAGCGUGUUCCAGUUCCCGCCAAUAUCCAGCAACUUUGCACAACUUCGAAUAUAUAGUACCACAGACCACUUUAAUGGUCUUGCCAGACCCCUCCCAUGACCCAAGGUUGUUUUAAAGCUGAUGAGAUCACUUUGUUCUUAAUGAGCUGAAUCCUAGCUUGAGAUCCACUCGCGUAACUCAGGUUUUCACCAAAAAUGUCCCUUCGACUACGGAUGUGAAAGUCCUGCAAGCUUUUCGCAGUGGGCUGAAUCCUAACUUGAGAUGUGCAAGCAUAUCUCCAUCCUUUGUGUAUAUCACGCAUUGAUGUCAUUGGAAGAUCACGUCACCUACACAUGUUUCAAGUUAGGGGUAUGCCUUAUCUGAAUGCUUGACUAGGAUGCACAGCUUUUGCUAGGUAAAAUAUCAGUAUGUGAAUGCAUUUAUACUGAAAACAAUUUCAUGCAGAACCUCUAAUGAAUCAUCAAAUCUCUUCUGUUUCUACCUCGACAGGGCUGCGCUCCUUCAAGUUGGUGUCCAACUGUAACUUCACCACCCUGAAAGACAAGCAGAUCCAGGAGGUGCAGGCUCCCACCACCGUGCUCUACGUGCCCAUCCUCUACCUGUUAGCCUUCACUGUGGGCCUCCCGGCUAACCUCCUGGCCCUGUGGGUCCUUCUGUUCCGUACCAAGAAGAUGCCCUCCACCAUCCUCCUCAUCAACCUCACCGCCACCGACCUCAUCCUCCUGAUGGUGCUCCCCUUCCGCAUAGUCUACCACUUCCAGGGCAACGACUGGGUCUUUGGCGAGCCCUUCUGCCGCGUGGUCACGGCGCUCUUCUACGGCAACAUGUACGGCUCGGUGCUGUGCCUGGCAUUCAUCGCCGUGGACCGCUAUGUGGCAUUGGUGCACCCGUUCGGUGCCAAAACCCUCCGCAGCCGCCGCACCUCCCUUUACAUGAGCCUGGGUGUGUGGGUGGCGGUGCUGGCCGCCAUGGUGCCUCUCCUCGUCUCGCGCCAGUCCUACACACUGGACAAGCCGCGCAUAACCACGUGCCACGACGCGUUACCCGAGGAGGAGCAUGAGAACUACUUCCUGUCCUACUUUCUCACACUCUUCUUUCUCUGCUUCCUGCUCCCCCUGCUGGUCGUCCUCUACUGCUAUGGCUCUGUGAUACGCACCCUAGUGGCGGCAGGCCAGCACUACGCCCAUGCUGUGCGUGUCACCGUGCUAGUGCUGGUAGUGUUCGUGGGCUGCCUGCUACCUAGCAACGUCCUCCUUCUCCUGCACUACUCCGACUCCUACCUGGUGGAUGACGGGGAGGACCUGUACCUGCCCUACAUGGUUAGCCUAGCUGUUAGCACGUUGAACAGCUGCAUCGACCCCUUCAUCUUCUACUACGUCUCUGAUGACUUCCGGGAAAAGGUCAGGACGGUGCUGUGUUGCCGAGGCGACAAUGGGAGAGACUCCACCACGGGGAACCAGGUGUCCUAUUCGUCCUCCUCAAACGGGAAACCAAGGUCAAAGGUUACGCUGCUGUCCAUGUCUAGUCGGAGCCCGGUGACGUCAGAGGGGGAGGCAGCAUGCCGAUAG